AUGGAAUUGUCAGUAUCCGAAGACGACGAGCUCAUUGAUCUUGCCAAAUUCGAGCUCAUUCGUCUGGAAGGAAUUGUUCGGAUCUACGAGGAGACACUGUCAAUGAAUAUUCUAAUUCUUCAGAAAACACGCGACGUCUCCCAACUCCUACCCAUGCACCAUCCAUGUUUGUCGCCGGAAUUCAUGAAAAAGUACUCGGAUCUGAUGAUUGGUCUCACAACAGAAGUACCCGACACUGAUUGUCUCAUCUGCCACGAGUACAGGGAGAGCCAUGAGAAGACGAUUGAAUGCGAGACAACGUGCCAUAAGGUUUAUCAUUUGAAAUGCGCAUCCGAGUGGUUCAAACAGCAACAGACGUGUCCCCACUGCCGCUCGAGAAUGUUGGACGACGAAGAGUAUCCAGCAUUAUAA